AUCUAUUAUUGUUGCUGGAGCAGGAAGUGGAGCUCUUGACAUGUGUAUUUAGUAUGUGGUGGUUGCACUGCAUAGCCCUUAGACACAGCCCACUAGAUGUAUUGUCAUUGUGAAAGUCACACAUAGAAGCUAGAAUGCAUUUACACAGCACCACUUCCUCCUCUCAGGUAGCACCAGAUCAUGUAACUGGGUCAAACCAGUCAAAAGGACUUUGAUUUGCUUUAGUUUGACUUUUGUUCUGCUGUCAGUCUGAGCAGAAAAUAUUGGACUAACAUUUGGUUCUGCAGUUGGUCAGUAUGUGUGGAAAUGUAUUCAGGCUUUCUCUGAUUUUGCUGCUGCUGGCUCAAUGCACAGCUGUUGAAGGUCCAUGUCAUUUCCUGUUGGCAGUGACUCAAGAGAAAACAUUGGAGACCGGAAGAGCAGAUGCCACUAUUCUCUGCUCAAGCCAAAACCUCACUGACAUCAGUACUGUAGUAUGUUACAAAAAUAGAGUUAUAAGUGAGUGUCGUGAGUGUAGAGUUUCAUACGACGAUGAGACAAAUCAUACCAACAGCACAUGUGACCCCAGAGUCAAACUGCAGAUAGCGAAUGACAGAGUGUGUCUACACAUCACCAACAUACAACCAUCUGAUGAAGGGAACUACACCUGUGAGUGUGGAUAUAAUGGGGGACGGCAUUAUAUAAACAUACAUAUUUCUGUCAAUGGAGCCCAAGUGCAACAGGCCACAGACAACAGUCUCUUCUAUUGGGGGAUGAUAACAGGCGUUGCAGCAUGUGUAGCUGCCCUGGUGUUUGGUGGCGUAAUCAUGAGGAAAAUUCAUCUCAGGAGAACACAGCUACAAGUGUCUGGAACCGUCGACGAGGAGGAGCAACGGGACAUCGAGCCCUACAGCACAUUCACAAGGAGAACCAAUGGGCUUUACUCAACUCUCCAGCUGCUUAACCCCUGACCCCCUUGACCAAUGAUGACAUGGUUUAGACACGUUUUUGUAACAUAUAGCUUGUACAGUAGAGUGGUGGAUAUACAUUUACUGUGAAUAUUUUGAUUACUGAAAAGGCCCUUUGAAAGUGUGCCUAUUUUAUCCCUGUCUGACUUGCCAUACAUCAGCCUCUCCUUUACUGUAGAUCUUCUGUGGUGGUUGUAAAUAUCAACACAUACUGUAUGCAUGCUGCACAUCUGUUAUGGAAAUUCAAUUGUUAAAUACAUGUUUAAAAAUUAUAGCUGUUCUGUUGUUGCUUUCUGAUAGAACAAAGCAUGUUUCUGCAGAGAUCACCAAAUGCCAAAUCAUAAACCUUUCCACCAGGUGUCAGUGUACUGUUUGUAAAAUACUAACAUUGUCCUGUCAUGAACAUGAAUGAAGAAAUCAGUAAACUGCCUAUAUAUUCAUACUGUAACUUUAGAAAACAGAAUAUUAAUGCAGACUCACUUCAUAGUUCAUAUUAUUAUAAAUAUUGGUAAUAAAACAAACAAAAGAACAAUAUGUGAUUUAUAUUGUGAUUUAUUUGAACUGCAUUUCCCCAAAAAACAAAUGAAUAUAUGCAUUAUAUGUACUUCUGUGGAUGCAGGGCCAGCCCAUUA